AUGGUUGUGCUCACAUGCAGCUACGACGACGGGUCCGGCUCUGAGGCUGGCGACGAAGAAGCGCAUGAGGGAGCUUCCGGAGCUCGGGAUGAUGGACGUGCGUCAGAGGAUGGCGACAGCAAUAUGGACGCAGAGCUCGCCAAUUUCAUGGAGGAGCUUGAAUCGAGCGGCCUUUUGAAGGAGGGCGACAACCCUGGGCACCCUCCAUCAGGCGAACAGGACGAUCAGGUCACUGCUGCUCCAGCCGAGGAGGCUCCCAGCAGCUCGGCGGCUGUUGAGGAGCCGCAGGCAGAGAAUGGGCACAGCGACAGGAUCCCGGAUGCUGAAGCUGCAGCAGGAAACUCUGGCACUGUACAGGCAGAGCAGCGCGUGUUGGGGUCGCUGGAGGGCUGCCUCGGCUGGCAUGAGGUCAUGGACAUGGGCAGUGGCAAGGUGUAUUUUUGGAACGAGGACACUGAUGAUGUGGCCUGGGACCCCCCAGAGGGCUCUGUGCCGCGCAGCAAGCAGCAGAACGACGCCACCUUUGCCGAGGCACACGCGGUGCCCGAGCCCGACGCCAUCAGUGGUGACGCCCUCAGCUCCCCGCCUGCCGCGGAGCCAGCAGUGCGCAGCGCAGAGCCGGCUGUGGGUGAUCCACCUGAUGAGAGCACGCCGGCUGAGGAAGCCCGGCCUGGGACGUCGGGAGGCGCAAAUGAGCUGCCGGAUGAGCCGGCCGCUCGGAGUGACCAGGAGGAGGGAGAGAUCGAUGAGCAGGCUGCUGCAGUGGAGAGGCCGGCCGAGGAGGUGGGCACAGCUGGGGAGGAGCUGCUGGCCAGCGCCUGGGAGGCGGCUGAGCGCAUCUGUGGCCCCAUGCCGCUGCUGGUGCGGCUGGCCGUGGAGGUCGAGGUGCGGCUGCGCGACUGGAGGGCGUUCUCGGACGCGCAGAGGCGUGCGGCGGACUCCGGUGACCUCGGUGGGGCGCUGUCGUGGGCAAUGUACCAGCGCUCGGUGCAAGAGAGCUGGCGCACCCUGCAGGCUGCUAUGCCCAUGGCCCUGCAGGAAGCCGAGGCCGGCCUGGCUGCUGCGACUGCGGCGAUGGCGGAUACAACCGCAGCGGCCGCGGGCGCAUCCCAGGCUCCUGAAGCGGCGGAGGACGGGGAGAUUCCUGACGGCACAACAGCCCCCGCAGCAGCUCCCCGGAAUUCCCCAGAUCUGAGGGAGGUUCCUGCGCCGGCCGACCCUGCGGAGCCAGCUGACUUGCCUCAGCCGUCGCAGCCACCACUUCCAGCGAAUGAAGCAGACAGCGACGUUGACAUGGAACUGGACGACACUCCGGCACUGCCACAGCCCACCAGUCAGCCACAGCUGCCGCAACCAGCUGCAACAGACCCAAGCACGAGCGCGGCGCUGGCGCACAUCAACAGCAGGAUCGCGGCAGCUAGCGCGGCAGCCGGGGCCCAGCCGGCGGUGCCGUCAAUGCCGGUGCGGCUGCCUGCGCCCGCUGCGCAGUGGCCUGGCUACUACGUACCGUACGCCCACUACAUGCAUCCCCAGCCGUUCUACGUGCCGCAGCCGCUUGGCUCCCAGAGUAGUGCAGAUGCAGGAGUGCUGCAGCCGCCAGCAGGAGAGCAGGAGGGGAAAAGGAAGCGCGAGAAGGCCACUGUGGGGAUUGGGCCGCUAGCAAAGAAGAAGAAGGCACUGAAAGGGAGCAAGGCCACCUCCUCCCUCAUCGACAAAUGGGCGGCCGUGCGCAAAGAUCUGGUUGAGGCCGAGGAGGAAGAUGAGGUGCUGGAUGCUGAUGCGCUGGAGCGGAAGAGGCUGCGAGAGGCUGAGGAGUGGCGCUUGAAGCAGCUCAGGGCUGGAGUGAGCUCUGAGGACAACUCAAACUUCCAGCCGCUAGCUGUGGACUGGAGGGAGAAGCUGAAGACAACAAAGGCUGCUGCCGAGAAGAAGCGGAAGCCAGUCAGUGCCCAGCAAGCGCCGGUGACCUACACCGAGAAGCCAGAUCUGGAGGCCCUGUCAGUGGGCCUUCCUGCCGGCUGGAAAGCUCUGUGGGACAAGGCCAGCAAGGAAGUCUAUUAUGCCAACCCCAAAACAAAGGAGAGCGACCAAAAGGCUGCAGAAAGAGUGGGCGCAGCAGACAUCCUAAUGCAGGAUGAGCCGCCCUGGUCUUCACAGAUCUACAGCGCUCCUGUUCCACGGGCGCGCUGCAUCAACCGGCAGAUGUCGCUCUCUCUGCGCAAGCAAGAGGGGGACGAAGUCGCCCUCGGGCGCGGCAUCGGAGAAGCUGCAAGCAGCCAGGCGGCACAUGCAAGCAUGCUGGUGCUGCCUGACUCGCCGCCGAGUAACUCCACUGGCACUGCGACCCCUGUGGCGCCUGCAGGGUAG